GUCAAUGUUUCUUUCUUUCAUUCUUCACUCUCUGUAUUCUAACUUUAAAACAAAAAUAUGCUGGACGAAGCUACUCGAGAAUCUCAGCAGUUGAGAGCACAAUGCAACCUAUAAAUGGAAAUCACCAAGUAACGAGAAGAUAACAGAAAGUGAAGGAGAUUUAACAUGAUGGGUUCAAGGCUUCAUUUCUGUCUGAUGGUUUUGUACUGUGCAAGCCUUAUGAUUCCAACCCAAUGUCUUGGUCGCAUCUGCCUGCCGGAGGAGCAUGUUGCCUUGUUCAUCUUCGGGGAGUCAAUGAUUGAUGCCGGAAACAAUAACUACAUCAACACCACGACUGUUUUGCAGUCAAAUAUUUGGCCAUAUGGAGAAAGCUACUUCAAGUACCCCUCCGGAAGAGCCUCCGAUGGCCGUCUAAUACCUGAUUUCAUUGCUGAGUAUCUAAAGUUGCCAUUCGUUCCACCAUAUCUACAUCCUGGUUACCAUCGAUAUACUGACGGGGCUAACUUCGCAUCAGCAGGAGCUGGUGCUCUUGUUGAAACUAACCGUGGAUUGGUGAUAGACCUACAUACUCAAUUCCAUUAUUUCGAGAAAAUGGAGAGGCUGUUGAGGCAAAAACUGGGUGAAGCAGAGACCAUGACAUUGCUGUCCAGAGCACUAUACUUCAUUAGCAUUGGAACCAACGAAUACUUGGUCCCUUUCACUUCAAACUCCACCAUGCUUCAAUCCUACUCUCAUGAAGAAUAUGUAGGCAUGGUGAUCGGCAACAUGACAACUGUAAUCAAAGAAAUAUAUAACAAAGGAGGAAGGAAAUUUGCGUUUCUAAAUGUGGAGCCGUUGGGUUGUAUACCCUUGGCGAAAGCACUAAAACCAGGAAACGGAGGUGCAUGCAUUGAGGAAAUGACAGCACUGGUAAAACUGCACAAUAAAGCACUUUCUCAUGUCCUCCAGAUACAAGAGAGCCAACUGAAAGGAUUCAAAUAUUCAAAGGCCGAUUUAUACAGUUUCGUCACUGAAAGAAUGAAGAACCGUUUAAAAUAUGGUUUCAAGGAAGGGAAGAUGGCAUGUUGUGGAUCUGGUCCAUAUAGAGGAGUCGUAAACUGUGGAGGGAAGGGAUCAGUAAAAGAGUACGAAUUAUGUGGUAACCCCAGUGAGUAUGUCUUCUUUGACGCUGGUCAUCCAUCAGAAAAGGCCUACCAGCAACUGGCGAAGCUUAUGUGGGAUGGAGAUCUCAAUGUCACCUGGCCUUACGGUAUAAAAGCACUGGUUGGACAUAAAUAAGUCAUGAACUGUACCAACUCAACUAAAUUAUAAGCUCAGUGUUGUGAAACAAUUAAUAAGGAUUCAGGGUUCUUGCUUUGUUCUAGCUA